AUGGGGAGUAUGAAGAAGAGCAGGACUGACAGGAAGCGCAGUUGGGUUAUGAUCGCUGAUAAUGGCGGGUACACACCUCUCCCCGGCGAAACGACAUUAUACCAGUCUCCGCAGCGGACGACGCUGAGUCUGCAGACGAGUCAUCGCCUUCCGCCGAGCGAGGCGUAUUCACAGCAGUGCAAGUCGGGCGUCGUGUACCUCACAAAUCGACGGAUAAUAUACCUCCCCGUCACCCCCACACCAACCUUCCAAUCCUUCGCUGUCCCCAUCCUCAACGUCGCCGACUCGCGCGUCACAGCCCCCUGGUUCGGCGCGAACAAAUGGGAAGCUGUCAUCCACCCCGUCACAGGCGGCGGCAUACCCGCACAACACGGCGAACUGGACUGCGUCAUGGAGUUCAAGGAGGGCGGCGCGUUUGACUUCCACAACACAUUCGAGCGCCUGAAGGAGCGUCUGCGCCAGACGAUCGAUGUUGCCAGAGAGAGCGGCGUCGACGAGACAGUUGCAGCGGGCAACGUGAAUAUGGAGGAUCUGCCGGCG